AGUGGUGGGAGGAUCAGUGGAGGCGAGAUAUACUGAACCCAAACAAUAUAAGAUGUUGCAAGUUCUGGCCGGUACUCAGUCCAAUGACACUACCAGUAACAUCCAGGAAAGUACCAGUAACAUCCAUGGUCCUACCAGUAACAUCCAUGGUCCUACCAGUAACAUCCACAACCUUCCCAACAUUUCCGAGAACCCUCCCAGCAUGAGUGAAGAUGUUGGCAUUCAUUCUGAUGCUCAGGACUCUGCAGGCACCAUCGAAGUCCCUUCCAACAAUAUGAAAGAUCCUUCAAGCAGUACACAAGUCCCUCCCAGCAACACCGACGUUCCUCCCAGCGAGGCGAAGUCCCAGGAGGCCUGGGAGAAGAGGAGUGAGGACUCUCUAAGCUCUGACUCGGGGCUAAGAACACCUGUGGACUGUAGAGGACGUCUGAAACUCGUCCUCACCUCCACACCAUGCCAGGUGAUACAUCCAGACUCUCAUUUGAAACAUCUUGUCACCAUACAAAGUGAAACAUUUCAUACCAUGCCAGAUGACACUUCAUAAUAACGGGUGACACAUGAUACCAUGCCAGGUGACUCGUCUCAGUACCAUGCUGCGUGACACAUGAUACCAUGCCAGGUGACUCGUCUCAAUACCACCUUGAUUCAGAUUCAAAUAAAAUAUUGGCUAGAAACCAUACGAGUUAAUCUCUUGUUUAUGUGUAUGUCGUGCUGAAUAGGUAAAAUUGGUCACUUAGCAAGAACUCAUUUAAA